ACAAUAUGUAAGGCCAGAAUUUCGGCAGCCAUUUUCCGCAUCCAAGUCCUCUACACACCACACCGGUACUGACUUCCAGUCGCCACCAAACUACUUUUAUCACUUCACCCUUGCUCCCACGAAUGCAUGCCGCACUCGCGAUUGACGAAAUUCUUCGCAAUGUUGUCAGCGACGCUGAACUCACGGCGGGAGACCUUGCGGCAGCAGCAGAGACCUGUCGCUCUUGGUCAGAUCCUUCCCUUGACGAGCUUUGGCAGUCCCUACACUCCCUGGGCCCUCUUAUCUCUGUCCUGCCCCAUGAUCUCCUUACCUGCCGAUUUACCACGAGAAGAGAUCAAAACUUAUUACCCGAAGUCGUACUCGAGAUGAAGCGAUCCUUCAUCGAGUCCGACUGGGUCGCCUUCCGCAAGUACUCUAGUCGAGUUCGCACCCUCUGGGGCUCUCUUGAUCAGAUGUUACGCAAGACCCCCGAAGGGAAUCAGACGAUGAUGAUGGUCAUCGCUCCGGACUUGCUCGAGGCGCUUGCCUUCCCGAACUCCCCAAAGGGUUUGUUCCCCAAGCUACGCAAGGUCGCGUGGCUCAAUGCCAACAUCAACAAUGCCAAGCUGCUGCAUCUCCUCGUGGUCCCUUCGCUGACCACACUUCAUCUUCCGGGUUUUAAUUGCUCUUGCGUCCAACACCAAGAGGUCUACGGUGAUGUUGUCGACAUCCUCGACCAGCUCGGGGACCUCUGCCCCGAAAUGAGAUCAUUCUACUUCCUCUACAGCCUCGCUCACGUACCCGAGGCCGCAGCCGCCGUCUCACGCACGAUGCGCACCUGGGACCACCUCGAGUCCAUCGGGUGCCGCGUGCCGGACGUCCCCUCCCUGGGCCACCUCUCCGAGGUUGCAUCCCUCCGCCACCUUCAACUCCACCUCCCGUACGAAAGCUUCCGCACCCGCCUCCCCAUCCACCUCGACCAGCUCGAGACGCUCUUCCUAUCCGGCUCGCCCGCAGACAUGACGAACCUCCUCGAGUGCGAGGACGGCCAGCUGCGCAUCUGGCGAUUCGAGUCUCAGGCGCUGUACAGCCCCGACCGCGACGAUGUCCGCAAGCUCCUGAGCGCGCUGCAGGAGCGCUGCUGCCACGACAGUCUCCGGAUGCUGUCCAUCCAGGAGUACCACCACUCGCUCCUGCCGCCCGUCGUGCGCACCGAGUUCUUCGGCAUCACGGCGCACAUGCUGCAGCCGGCGAUGUCGUUCCACGAGCUCGAGCGCGUGUACAUCGACACGCCGCGCGCGAUCUCGCUCGAUGACGAGGACCUGAUCACGCUCGCGCGGGCGUGGCCCAAGGCCAAGUUCGUGGAGAUCAACCCGAGCAUCGGCUGGAUCGCCGAGUCUCGCGUGUCGCUGAAAGGCCUCGUCGAGGUCCUCAAAGUGCUCCCGCAGCUCGAGCGCCUCGCAGUCUCCGUUGACGCCCGCGUGCUCACUCCGCCAUCGUCCGAAAUAUCUGAAGAAGGGCAGGCACAGCCGCUCGCGGGGUUUGUUCAUGGCCGACUCGCUAGCUUGGACCUUCUGGACUCACGGGUCGGCGAGGAGUACGAUCAGGUCGCGGCGUACCUGUUCAAGUUUGUGUGUCCGCCCAAGUGCAGAAUUACCGUCUGGGAGCAGCCGAGGAUUCUGAGCCGUGUAGUCCAGGCUGCGGAGAUAUGUCAGGCGAGGUGGCAGCGCGUGUUUGACCUUUUGGCUGAUAUGCAUUGAUUUUUUGUCUGUUUCAUUUUCGGACAUCGGACGCGACGGACUUGUAGCCAUGUUUCUCCUGUAAUUCUGUAGCGGUCUGUUCCACAUCUCUGUCGAUUAGCCCCGCUUCAUUCUGAUUUACUCCGUUGUCUGGCACCUCGGUGCAUUCUUCUUUUGGCACGAAAGUAGCUUAUAUGUAUCAACUAGGGUAGUUGCGAUCUCCUCUGGAUGUAUUUUUCUUGGGAUUCAAGUAGACGUUAUAUUACGAAACGGACUGAUUUAGAUAGGGAACCUCCGUCGGAGAUCACUAGCGUUACUCAUAGCGUAUGUAACAAGCUAAAGUAUCACAGGCUCAAAAGGAAUGCAUAUAAUGUUUCC